CUCGCGCACUCGCGUCGCACCCUCGCGGUUACCAACCGCCCUUGGGCAUACAGCUGUUACGGUACCCGAAGGGGCUACGGGACGAGGAAGGUUUGGGUAGAUCACAAACCAAUUCCCAUCGCUUACGCUGGCGGCAGGGAAACAGCAUUUUGUCAGCUGGGCAAACGCCGACUCGGCCAAGCAAACGCCCUUUUUGAGACAGACCCGGGCAGGCGGAGAUGGCGCGGCGCAGCGUGACGAUCGUUGCCUCGGACGGAAGGCGAGAAGGGAUAUCCUGGUACGACGGGGCGACAGAAGCGGCGGUGUUGCGCUGUGCCCUCCUGGCCCUUGGCCUCCCGCUAAAGAGCGCCGCGCACCUGCUCCGGCAGUCCGGGGACAUCGUCGACCUUGGCACCCCGAUCACGGACGGCGCCACCCUUCACCUCGACACCGUCCGCGAGCUGGCGCUGCCGUCACAAGAGGCCGCAGGCGAUGUCUACGCCAGCGGCGGCCACGACCACGGCGAGAGUAGCAGCAGCACCGCCCAGCGGCGUGUGAAUAGCUCGAACACAGCGGUCGGCGGCGGCGGCGGCGGCGGCGAAGGGGGACUCGCAACAACCCGGUGUGGUGGAUCGGUCUCGGUAACGGUCUCUGGCGGCGGCGGGGACUGCCGGCAGCGGCCGUCGACGUUCUUGGAGCGGGGUGACUCGGACGAAGAGCUGGAGCGGCGGCCGCUGCUCCGGACCGGCCGCGUGCCCUCGUCGACGUCCUUGCUGUCGUCGUCGUCUUCGUCCUCCUCGAUGUCGUCGCUGUUUCCGCGAGGCAAGUCUCGCGAGAACGGCGGCGGUGGCGGUGGCCGGAGAGGAGAAACAGACGAGGACGACCCCGAGCAGCAGCGCUUGGCAAUCCUGAAGCUCAAGAGGAUCAACGCCCACCUCGCCAACGAGAGGACGCUGCUGGCGUGGGUGCGGGCGGUGGGGAAGAUGUUUACCGCCGGGGUGCUGUGCCUGUCCCUCGCGGGCGACGGCUACAGCCCAACCUACACGGUAUGCUUCGUGGGCACGGGCAUUGUCUACUUCGCCAUGGGUCCGUACGUCGUGUUCGUCGGAGCCAAGAGGUUUCACCAGGCGGCGCAAGUGAUGAACGGCAGCGUGUACGACACUUACUCGUUUUUCUCGGGGAGUCACCUGAGGGGGCUCACGUACCUCAUGAUGACGCUCGCCGUCGUGACGGUGGCACUCAUGGCAACACAGCUCUCGGCAGAUCUUAGUUAGCCUUGCCCGAAAAACCGUGGCUAUUCGUUUGGUGGCAUGCGCGAACCGAAAAAACAAAACACCAGAGUCCGCCGCAGCGCGCGUAGGGUUGCAUUCUGUCAAUCUCAUGAGCUGAGGGAUGGUAGACCGUAAUGUUGGUGAACGUUGGUGAGUUUCUCGGCCGUAGGUAACCAACAAACCCUGUGGAGCCAGCGAGCUAGCGCAUGACGGCGUGGGAUGUAGUGGGUCAAAUGCGGUGACCAUCGGCACCGGUGUUGGUUGUAGUGCGUGCGUGCUUUCGAACGAACCCUGCUUUGAGUAUUUUUACGAAAGACGGCUUAGGUGUCGUCAGUCUUUGUGGAUGGAGGGAGGGAAGCUACGGAAGGCGUCCUACUUCAUCCCAUCCAGUUGCUCGGACGGCAACGUUUGAUGAGUUUACUGCCCGUUUGACCUCGGCCGCAGGGCGUCACGGACCUUGGUAGCCCCGCAUGAAUGUGAUUUCGUGUUGUUCGUCUCCUCUUUUGUUUUGUGUGUCCCGGUGCUUGAAGUGUUUUCGCCCCACCAAGGCAAAGGUGUUGCUGAAAAAUUAAACGCAUAACUUAGUUUUAGACGUGACAAAGAAAUAUCGCUGUGUUUACCUUCCUCCUGCGUGAACCGGGCUGGUGCGUGGAAAAUAUUUUUUCCAAACCCGAGAG